AUGUCGGCGCCUCAGGGAAAUGAAGCAGAGAAGAACAUCGAAAUCUGGAAGGUCAAGAAGCUCAUCAAGCGUCUUGAGGCUGCUCGUGGCAAUGGCACCAGCAUGAUCUCGCUCAUCAUCCCGCCCAAGGACCAGGUGUCCCGUGCCGCGAAGAUGUUGGCCGAAGAGUUUGGUACCGCGUCCAACAUUAAGUCUCGCGUUAACCGCUUGUCUGUCCUUUCCGCCAUCACCUCGACCCAGCAGCGCCUGAAGCUGUACUCCAAAGUCCCGCCAAAUGGCCUUGUCGUCUACUGUGGUGAAAUCAUCACCAGCGAGGGCAAGGAGCGCAAAAUCAACAUUGACUUCGAACCUUUCAAGCCAAUUAACACAUCGCUCUACCUCUGCGACAACAAAUUCCACACCGAAGCGUUGAGCGAGCUGCUGGAAUCGGACCAGAAGUUCGGUUUCAUCAUCAUGGACGGAAAUGGGGCUCUGUUUGGCACGCUUUCUGGCAACACCCGUGAUGUCGUGCACAAAUUCUCGGUUGACCUGCCCAAGAAGCAUGGUCGUGGUGGUCAGUCCGCCCUACGUUUCGCCCGUUUGCGAGAAGAGAAACGUCACAACUAUGUUCGCAAGGUUGCUGAGCUGGCGGUCCAGAACUUCAUCUCAAACGACAAGGUCAACGUGGCGGGUCUCAUCUUGGCAGGUUCCGCUGACUUCAAGAAUGACCUGAAUCAAUCAGACAUGUUCGAUGGGCGUCUGCAAUCCAAGGUCAUCAAGGUCGUGGACGUCUCCUACGGAGGCGAAAAUGGCUUCAACCAGGCGAUCGAGCUGUCUUCGGAAACUCUCAGCAAUGUCAAGUUCAUCCAGGAGAAGAAGCUCAUCAACAAGUAUUUUGACGAAAUCUCGCAAGACUCGGGCAAGGUUUGCUAUGGUGUGGAUGACACCUUGAAAGCUUUGGAGCUCGGUGCCGCCGAGACGCUGAUUGUGUUUGAGAACCUGGAGAUCAUUCGCUGGACCCUCAAGAGCUCCGAGGGCUCUGAAAUCAUUCUCCACACCACCAAGACCCAGGAGGCGGACCGGUCGCUCUUCAUGGACAAGGAGACUGGCCAGGAGAUGGAAGUCGUGGACCAGAUGCCGUUCCUAGAAUGGCUGGCCGAGAAAUACCGAGACUUUGGUGCCACGCUCGAGUUCGUUUCCGACCGCUCCUCCGAAGGCAACCAGUUCGUGAAAGGCUUUGGUGGCAUCGGGGCCAUCCUCCGCUAUAAGGUCAACUUUGAACAACUCGCCGAGUAUGACGACGAUGAAGAUGAAUUCUACGAUGAUUGA